GCCGUGUCACAGGGCUGUAACCAGCAGAAAACACCUCUUAUUCCCCUGAAACGGUUCACCACACUUUGGGCAACCCAUUUCAUGCCUCGGGAGUUACACUUCGGCCCAUGCUGUAUACAGUUUAACUGGUUAUUUGGCUUUGUGCAACUCUUUCAUGUAGGAGUACUGGACUUGUACAGCCAGGCGGCUCCCCGGCAGGCCUCUCGGUUCACCGAGUGAGCAUCAGUUCUCACGCCGCGCUUGUGUGCAUCGAAGUCGGCUACAGAGGCAGCAUGGACCCGGUAGCUGUCUAGCCUCUGCUGGUGGUGACAAGUGGCUUCACAAGGGGAUGAUUCAUUUCGACAGUGAACUAAUUAGCUUGGAUGUCACUAUUAUCAGAGUCGGCCUGUCAGAAUGAACGGCACUCAGCAGAGUGAUACGAAGAGACAACACCUCCUGGAGAGGCUGCUGGAUGCCGUCAAACAGUGCCAAAUCCGCUUUGGAGGAAGAAAGGAGAUUGCCACUGACUCAGACAGCAGGGUGAUCUGUCUAUGCGCCCAGUUCGAGGCGGUGCUCCAACACGGCCUGAGGAAGAGCCGAGGUCUGGCCCUCACUGCCGCUGCUCUCAAACAGGCUGCAGGCUUCAGCAGCAAAGCUGAAGCAGAGCUGACCUUCUGGUUUUACGUGAAGGAGCAUCUGAAUCGCCACGAGCUCCAGCGGUUCUACUCACUGCGGCACAUCUCGUCCGAGCUGGGCCGGGGCCGCGCCUGGCUGCGCUGCGCCCUCAACGAACACUCGCUGGAACGCUACCUGCACACCCUGCUGGCCGACCGCACACGCCUUGGCACCUACUAUGAAGACUGGGCUUUUAUCCUUGAUGAGGAGAGAGCCAGCAUGCUCCCCACCAUGGCUGCAGGUUUGAACUCCAUCCUGUUUGCCAUCAACAUCGACAACAGUGACCUGAACGGCGGGGUGACGCGGGGUGGAGGCUCCUCGAUGUCAUACCUCCUCAAGGAGUCCACGCAGGGCAUCGGCAGCCUGUGGAAGGAGUCCACGCAGGGAGUAAGCACCCUGCUCCGGGAGAUCAGCACUGCCACCGCUGUGGUGCCGGGCUUCACGCCCAGAGCGGACGGAGCCUCAGACCCACUGCCUGUACUGCCACGCAGCGCCUCUGCUGACUCAGGGCUGAGGAAAGAGCGCCGGAGGAAAAAGAAGAUCACCAACAUCAUCUCCUUUGAUGACGACCUGGACGGAGGGGCAGAGGACGAAGAGGAGGGUGAGGAAGACUCACGGAAGAUGGGCACCAUGAGGAAGAGUCACACUGCUCCUGCUCAGGGCAGCGUGGAAGAGGGAAUCGACCCACUGGAGCCGGCCUUCUCUCUGUCACCAGCCCAGAAUGGGGUGGCUGACCCCGGCAUUGUCAGCUGGGUGGGGUCGCCGCAUCCCUCCCGCACCCCACCCCGCACCCCACCCCGCACCACGACACCACCACUCCCCCACAGCAAGAGUAUAGACAACGAGGAAGAGGAAGAGGAGGAGGAGGAGGAAGAGGUGUACAAACCCAGAGCACAAUCCCAGGAGGAGGAGAGGGUCAGCUCUGAUCAGGUGGUGGUAGGCAGCCUGUCCAGUGUGUCGACAUGGAGCCCCCUGCAGGUGAUGACGGAUCACAGCAGCUCGGACAUCCUCAUUCCCGUGACCCCGGCUGACCCUCAGCCAGUGAGCUCUGUGGAGGACACAGUUGCAUUUCCUGCUCAGUGUGAGCCAACAGGACCUGUGGGAAACUGUGAGAGCAGCAGAUCGCAGCUACAGUUCAAUAUGGAGUCCAGUCCACCGGCCCAGGCUGCUCCACUCUCUACUGUGCUGCCGACACCUGGUCUACCCGAGUCCAUGACAGUGGUGGAGCUGCGUCAGGCCAUCGUAGCCAUGAUGAACAGGAAGGACGAGCUGGAGGAACAAAACACGUCUCUUCGCAGUCUGCUGGACGGGGAGAUGGAGCAUUCGGCAGGCCUGAGACAGGAAACCGAUUUGCUGCGGAAGAAGCUGGCGGAGCUCGAGGAAAGACACACAGCCAAGGUGCAGGCCUUGGCCAGGGAGAAUGAAGUCCUCAAGGUCCAGCUGAAGAAGUAUGUGGGGGCGGUACAGAUGCUGAAGAGAGAGGGGAGCCAGGGCAAUGACGUGCUGCCCAUGCUGCGGUCGAGCGAAGACCAGGUUCCAGCCCCUCAGAGUAAGUCGAUGGGUGACAUCGAGGAACUGGCUGCCAGUUAUGAACGUAAACUCAUAGAGGUGGCAGAGAUGCACGGUGAGUUGAUAGAGUUUAAUGAGCGCCUGUACCGCUCCCUCAUGGCCAAAGACCACCUCAUAAUCCAGAUGAGACAAGAACUCAUUGACCUGCGAGGACCGGUUCCAGGUGAUUUAAGCCAGACGUCAGAUGACCCGAGUCUCUCAGAUUUUGAGACAGCUCAUCGUGCUCUCAUCAAUGUGUGGAUCCCCUCUGUGUUCCUGCAGGGCAGAGCUGCCAACGCCUACCACGUCUACCAGGUGUACAUCCGUAUUCUGGACAACGAGUGGAACGUGUACAGGCGUUACACCGAGUUCAGGGAGCUCCACAACCACCUGCGAACUCAGUUCCCACAGGUCGACGCCUUCAACUUCCCACCCAAGAAAGCCAUAGGGAACAAGGAUGCCAAGUUUGUGGAGGAGAGGAGGAAGCAGCUGCAGGGCUACCUUCGCAUGGUGAUGAACAAACUGAUCCAGACGCUGCCAGAGUUCACAGCUCGACCAACCAAAGAGACCCUGCUGUCUCUGCUGCCUUUCUGUCUAGACACACCACAGGCCAAUGAGGGAGGACCCAAGACGGCCCGGUCCAAAACCUCAUCCCGGUUCCCCAGAUUGGGCCGCAGCCGCCACCAGGAAGCCCGACCGGAACCUCAGAGCGGCGACCUCUAACCUUGGAGGCUCUGGCCUUAUCUCGUACAGGCUCUGCAUCCACCUGGGACUACAGCGGAGGUCAGAAUUGGCUGCCAGUGUGUGUGGAUGUUCAGGGGCAUCUAAUGGACCCUUUGAGCCUUAGAGAUAAAAAGCCACAGUCCUGGAGGGGAGAUGGAUGCGUUUACAUCGCAGGUCUCAGUCGCAGAGGAGAUGUAAAUCUUUGUGCGUUGGCCUGGCUGAGUAAAAGAUAAAUGAUUCCCCUGAGGAUUCCUAUCAAAGGACCCAAUCACACAGUACCUCUUACCUCACUGAGAGACAGAAAGACUCUUUAGAAACUGCACACGGACUCGCCUGGACUACUCUUUCUUAUCUCAUACACAAUGAGAUUAUGGGGACAAUUUUUCCUAUUCUGCUCAGUUUUGUAGUGGAAGUGUAUCAUGGUCACAGUGCCUACAGUGUUUUGUAGCUGCUUUCGUGCUCUCGGGGAGGGAGGGACGGCUAUGUUGAGGGGUGGGGAGUGGAUAGAUAAAAGUAUUCUUGUGGGAUUUUUUUUCUUUUUCUUUUUUUUUUAGUGCCAUUACUUUCUAAGCAACCAUAAUCCACUCUGCCUCUGGCGAUGGGCAUUCAUCUUCCCUACUUCUGUCACGUCAUUAUUGCUUUUUAUUGAUAAUCUGCACAAAACACAACGUAUCCCACUAACACCAGGUAGUAAUUAAAAAUGUGGAUGAACUGUGACCUCCAGUUGGUGUUCACUAUAAGGCAAACAACCAGGGGUAUGAACAAAACUCAGUCAUAAUUUCACAACAAAAGCAUCAGUGUAUGCUUUCAACCAUCCUCAUGUCUUACAUCAAUUUAAAAUACUUCUUCUGAUGUAUACUAUGAAUUCAAGUGAUAAGGAUUUGAACUGAAACAAUGGGGUAAACUCCACUACAUCGCUCACUAUCAGACAAAUGAGGGUCUUCAUCAGGUCGGCUGGCUGUACUUAAAGAUCCAGUGCACAUAAGCAUUGUUUAACUGAUGUGUCUUUGCGGGAUUUAAUGCGGUGUUAUGUUGCAAAUGAAUGUCUUAACGAUGACUAAACACUUGAACAAAAGCUGCUUGUUAGAGUGCAUGAAAAGGGCUGCUGAGCGUCAAGUGUGUGUAAAGCAGAAGCUCAUGCAUAUGUAUGUAUUACCCAAGAGUAACUGGAGACUAUGUUCAAACGAGGAGUGAUUGUGUUGAAGGGCGUCUGAAAACUUUAAUCGAAGUGUCAGCUCACCGAAUGAUAAACACCGUUCACCGACUAUGAGGGGAACAAAACAAACAAAAGCUUGUGGGUUUUAAUUACAAGUCUUCCCAUACUCAUUCAUAUGCACAAAUGACUUGUGCACACUCGGUAACAUCCAGCGAAUGGUUAAAACUGCACAGUAUUUCCAUGAAACCACUCCCAAGGAGAGUUUGAAAUAAAGGUUUUUAUCAGACUUCUCAGUGACCUUUUACAGAGCGAUUCGGUUGAAGGACACCAUGCUGUGAGCUGGCCAAUAAACCGUCAGAAUGAAAAAGAAAGGAAGACACAGCCGCCGUAUCAAAACCUCAGUUAAGCAGAUUAAACCGAUGAUUUAGAGUGUUACUUUUUAACUAAAGAGAUUUCACACAUUCAUUUUUUCUCAUUGUUCAUUCUGGCCAACAGCACUGCUGUUGCUUCCUAUAUACAACAACAUGUAAUGUUACUUAAAUGGGCGACUAUUAUUAUUGUAGGCUAUCUUCUGCUGCGAUACAGUAAUUCAGUAAAUUUGGUAAUAUUUUAGGCAUAGCACCUCUUCAUAUGCAUUACGAAAAUCAGUCUGCAGUAUCAUAUUACAUUCUAUACAGCUGUCAAACAAUAUUGCAACAUAAGCUCUAUUAUAACGAUGAGAUGGUAGUUUUUACAUAGACUUCUCUUGAACUUGGACAGUAAAGGACCACCGGCGGGUCACAAACGGUCUGCACAAAUGUCUAUAAUAUAUGUAUGGUGAUGUACAGUUAUUAUGCACAGGGUUACUUCAUUCACUUAAAACCACGUUUGAGAAGCCCUUAUUAAACCUGGAACCGAGAGAAAACAGGAUGCACACGUGGACCAUAUGAGUUUUCAGUGCCACCUGGAACCUUUGUUUCUUUAUAACAGAUGCUCGUGGGAAGCUCGGGUCCUGGAUCUUGCAAUUGCUAAGUGCAUAUUGAAAACCAAUUUGAAUCGUGGCACUCGUUUGUUAAAAGUUAAAGUAUUUUUAGCUUCUUUGGCUCGGCUCGCUGGGUGCCAGAAAUAUCUAUAUGACCUUUUAGUUGAAAAUAAUAAAAGAAAAGGCUGUAAGGAAAAAAAAAAAGAGAGAGAGAGAGAGAGGUUUCUGGUGGACACACAGGUUUACUUGGGGCUUGUUAGCUGUCAUUCAAACACAACCAACAAACAACAUUAUGAUACAAACAAACAGUAUGAUUUUAAAUGGUUCCUUUUCCUUCUCUCCAAAGCCUCCAGAUGCUGGAUGAAUUUAAUCAAACUGUAUCUGGAGGGCAACAAUCAGAGGAAGGACAAGGAGAGGAAGCGAGUUUAGUUUAUUGAGAUGCAGCCUAAGUGUUCUCUUGCAGUGUGCCAUGUCUGUUCUCAUGUAUCUUUCUGUCCUUGCCUUAGCUCAGCAGUCAAGCCUUAUUUGCCAGUGUCACAGUGAAGAGGGGCUGAACAAUAAAGUACAUUGUGUACAGUGCAUACAGCA